CAAAAGACUGCGCCAAUAAAUUUUCAGUAAUUAAACCCUAGAAAAUAUCAACGCAGUUUUGGAAAUAACGUAGCGGCCAAGACCUCUCUAGUAGGAGUGUUUCCAUGAAUUAAGAAACGAAAGCUUCAAUUUAUAGCAAUAAUUUUAGUUUCAAGACAACCUAAUAAAGCAUGAAAAAGUAUUAGCCCGGCGACGGCCUCUCAAGUAAACAGGCAUGGAGGCGGGGCAGUUUCCGGCCGACAUGCUGUUCGACAUCUUUUCCCGACUGCCCAUCAAGUCGCUCAUGCGCUUCCGGUGCGUCUCUCCGACGUGGCGCAGCAUAAUCGACGACCCAUGCCUUGCGUGCAUGCACCGACUCCGAUGCGCCGAAGAGCCCAAAGUUUUGAUUCUCGAUCCUCCCACGCACGAACCGGCCGACGCGACGUUGAGAGAAGACGGGGUGUUCUUGAAGGCCAGUUUGAAUUUACUCACGAGGUUUGCAAAUUCCAAAGCAUAUUCUCUACGGGGCUGCUGUAAUGGUCUGCUCUGCUUGACAAAACAGUUUUGUGGCGAAAGCCCUCUGUUUUUGUUUAAUCCUCCGAGGCAAGAAGUUGUAGAAUUGCAACCGCCAUGUAUAGCCCCAAGCAGGAAAAAAUACGGAUUAGGGUUUGAUUGUUCAACAAACACGUACAAGAUUGUCGGAGUUUUUGACGACGAUUUGUCUGCUCAAGUUUACACUCUUGGAGGUGCAGGCUCGUGGAGAGCCAUUAGCGAAGGCCCUCCAUGUCCAUUGCUUGGAAGGCCUGUAUAUUCAUGUGGAGCGCUUCAUUGGGUCUGUGGGGACGAUGAAGGCAAGAUUGUUUGUUUUGAUGUUGGGAAGGAGGAAUUCGGGUUGAUUUCUCGACCCGAAUUUCGCUCCAGCCAUUUGCUUGAUCUGAGAGGAGAGUUGGCCAUUGUUGAUCGGUCGUCCGAUAAGCACGUGGAGAUAUGGGUAAUGAAGGAAUAUGAAAAGAAAGAGUGGGUCAAAGAAUACAAGAUUGGUGUAAAAGGGGUGCGCGGAAAUGAAUUUGUUGAAGUUGUAGGGGUAUGCGAGCAUGGUGAAAUACUACUGAAGGACGUGUUUGAAAAUUAUUUCUUCUAUAAUCCAGGGACUGAUAUGCUAAAGUACAGCCACAUUCCAAGCCUCAAUGAUGAGACACAAGUCUUGUGUCACAUGGGUAGCCUGCUAUCAAUUGCUAUGUUUGGGGCAGAGUAAUGUUUUUCUUUUUCUUUUUUUUUUUUUUUUCUUUUUUUUUUUUUUUUUUUAAUUUGUAUUUCCCAUGGGUGAUGGUCCAUGGGGCGUUAGGUGAGCCCAGCUGUUUGUGAACUCAGUUCGACCUGAUCGGUUCAUUUAAACUCGAUUUAAAAAAUAAAAUGAAUUAUUCGUAAA